AUAGCCAGAGCUAAAAGACCAUUUUCAUCUUCUCCGAGCUUCGAAUCUGUCCUACUCGAAGAUCCCAUGAUAUCUAUCAGAUUGAGGGUUGACAGCUGGUUAUGGCAUUGAAGGUACUCUGUCCAAGGCUGAAGAGUUGGCAGACUUUUCAGCUUACGGUUCCUUCUUUACUCUGCCCUGCUCCAAAACCAGCCGACAAAUCUUCUUCUUCAUGGUUGAAAGUAUAUUGUGAACGCAAUAAAUCCCUUGCAUGUGGAUUAGCGUAUCAGCCCGCUCAUUUCCCGUCAUGUCAUUCCAGAAGAAACGGUAUGAAGCGAGCUUGUAGUGCAAAUUUUGAUGAAUUCCCAGAUGAGGAAUUGUCGAAAAAGAGGUUCAAUCCGCCUGAUAAUGGUGACGAAGUUGAUAAGGAAAGUGCUUCCACCGUAUGGGAGAUCUCUGGAAAAACGAGACGCACUGGAACUUUGAAGCUGGAAUCUUUGGGGCCUUCUUUGCUAGGAAUUCAGCCUGAGCCACCGCCGUGGCCGGAGAGAGAUGAGAUUAUUCGCAUGAGCAUUGAACAGAGAGCGAACAGGGUGGAAAUUCCCCUGUCGCUUCGCAUAAUCAAGAGGAAGCAACAAUGGGAAGAGAGUUUGAAAGAAGCAGGGGACCUCAACAACUGUUCUGUGAACAGAGCAUUCUCUUCAAUGGUAUUUAUGAUUCGAGAGAUUCAGAGCUACGCGCUGCAUAUAAGGGAAACUCUCUACUGUGAAGAUUUACAGGGGAUCAUUGAUAACAUGCAGAGAGAAUUGAAUGCAUCAUUCGUGUGGCUCUUUCAACAGGUUUUUCCGCGGACGCCGACUCUUAUGAUUUACGUGAUGAUUCUUUUGGCUAAUUUCACGGUAUCUUCUAUGGCCGACAACAUUGUUAUUGCCACCACUGCUGCUGCUACACCGGAAAUAUCUUGUGCAGCCAUUACAGAGACAAAAAACAAGAAUCGACCCCAGUUUAAGUACGAUUUCAGGUCGUUUUCCGAUUCAUCUUCUGGCAUAGGAAAUCGUGAUGGUGGUGGUGGUGGGAAAGUAAGCCAUGUUGGUGAUGAGGUAUCUGAGGCUUGUUUGUUUGGGAAAAAGGAGUUGAGCGCAGAGGAGGAGAUGAACUUGUGGAAAUCAAUGGUGGAGGAAGCUUCGAGGAUGCAGGCAGAGAUGAGAGGGGUGGCUCUUGAUCAUGAAACAAUGCAACGGUUUGUUUCGCCGGUGACUGUGAAGCCGGAAUCAGAUGAUUAUGAGGAUUUCUUUAAGACUGAUCUCUCGUAUCAGAUGGGUUUAUACCAGGACCCAAAUAAUCCUCUCCUGCUCGCUAACUAUGCCCAAUUCCUCCACCUCGUCGCUCAUGACAAUGACAGGGCAGAAGAGUGCUUUAAGCGUGCUGUGCUUCUGGAACCACUCGAUGCCGAGGGACUGAGUCGAUAUGCAGAAUUCUUGUGGAUGGCUCGAAAUGACCUGUGGGCAGCAGAAGAGAGGUUCCAGCAAGCAAUGGCCGCUGAGCCAGGCAACCCUUUCCAUGCAUCCAAGUAUGCCAAUUUCCUUUGGAGUACUGGUGGUGAAGAGACUUGCUUCCCACUCAAUGCAUCAUUUGACGACUACAAUUAAGUUUUUAAUAACGCUAAAAACUACACUUUUAUUCCACCAUUUUCUCAUCUUGCAAGCAUGGCAAUACCAAUCAGUCAUCGACUUUUUUUUUAAAAAAAAACAAUAAUUACUUCAAAGGUUGAUUGACACUGAAACAUCAAGAAGAUAGAAUAAUGAUGAGAUAUAAGUAUUGUUUCUAGCAUUAUUGUUAAAUUUUCUAAUCAAGGAGGGGGUCAUGUCAUGGUGGCAUAACACUAUAAUAUCGUUAUGUUAUUCAUAUUUUAUAGUUUAUUACCCCUUCUCUACAUUACAACAUAAUUUGGUUUAUAUGUGCAUACAAGAAUAUUUAGGUUUUUUAUUUAUUUAUAGGUAUUUACCUUAGUUGUCUAUCGGUAAUCAAAUCUAUCCUUUUUAUGGCCUACCCCAAUUACCACAUUUUCCCUGUAAAUAGACCAUGUGACAACAAUCAUAUAAUCAAGUCAUUCAAUAAAGAAGCAGCCCUAUAGGGCACUUUCGGGCGGUGAAUAUAGGCCUCUAAGGCCGAAUCACCCCAAAAUUUGUGUUUU